AAAAAUCAUGUGUAGAUGAAUUGACCUUAGUGAAAACUUUGUUUUAGUUAGUCUUUAGAUUUAGUUUCUUUAGAGUUAGUUUAGGUUUGUUAGUACUCAUAUUCGACAGCGAGAUGAAAUGGACGACCAUUGUGGACCACAGCCCGUACGAGAAGACGACAGAAGAGCUCAAGAAGAUGCGUCAACAGCGGCUUGCCCAGUUGGAGAAAGACGCGAAGAAGUUUCAGUUCAUGGAGGCUCCUCUGCGGCUGCACGGCAUGAUGCAACACUGCCAAGAGCUGGCUGACAUGUACGACCUAGAGAAGUGCGAACGGAUAUCAGGAGAAGACAAUUCAAUCGACACACUGACAACGCAGCCGACCGGAGCCGAGCCGUCAAAAUCUGAAGUGGAGGAGGAAGAGGUUAUCGAAGAUACGAUCUCGUCCGAGGAGAGCUACUACCAGAGUGAUUACUGGCGAGGCAAAGAAGACAAGAAACGCGACCUUUUCGAGAUGAACAUUUCGGUGGACGAGGAUGCAGAUCAUGACAAUUUCUGGGUCAUGGACUCGAUAAGCGACCUCCCUUUCGAGAAGGAGAUGCACCAUGAGGACAAUCUGUCUGAGAUCGAAGACUCCCAGGACGAUCUAGAGGUGCACGUCAGCGGCCUAGCCGAGGUGGAAGGGGACGACAGAAGGUGGAACCACAAGGUGUUCAACAAAUUCAGGAACAAGACGGACGAUGACGUGAGGCAGCAGUGGGAGAAGGACAAGAAGAGGACGAAGCCUUUGAACGUCAUCGACACUGACGAAGCGCUCGUUUAUGAGAUCGCCGAGGAGCUGUGCGAGUGGGCCAACAGCCAAGGGCUUCAGAGCCCAGUUCUGACAGUCGAGACGAUCUCGGACCUCUUCCGCUUCAAGUUCACCGACAACGUCGUCGUCGAGUCUAUGAUGAUCAACGUCCGACAGCUGCAGAGCGUACCGAGCAAGAUCGUCAAACACGCGCCUUCUGAGUCGACCCGCGCCGAGCUGUACAGGCAGAUAAUGUGGGACAAGAUCGAGCACGAUAGGCCUGAUCAGAAGAACGCCUUCUUCAGUAAAGUGUUGAAGAAGAAGCGAAUCAAGCCGGACCCGAUAAGGGAGUGGAUCGAGACGGACGCAAUUCCACAGGAGUUGCUCACCACAGAGACAUUCUUCAAGAACUUACUCGACUCUGACAUACUGGAGAAGUUUGUCGUCUGGCUCGUCGAGAAUCCAGAGUCUUAUCAGCCCAAGUACCUCAGAGACAUUGGCUACAUAGACAACGUCAAAACGAAAUACGGAGGUGUGAACAAAAUAAUGCUGGAGAAGAUGAACAGGAAAAACAGGGAACGCUUCCAGGCGUCGAAGUUCAUCAACCGAGAGGAUACUUUCCUCAGCACGAUCAAGAGGAUGAGCGAGAUCAGGCGGCUCAUACCACCUGGCUACAAAGGCUCGUCCGCUUCAUUCUGACCGGUCAACUACAAAUACAACGAUCAAAAAAUACACUCUUUUAUUUC